GGCCGGAGCCUGUACAAUGACGAGAAGGGAAUAAAAUUUACUGUACUUUUCACACCUCUUCAACCAUUUGACCCCAAGCGACGAAGGAAUGCGAAGCCGACAACAAUCACAAAGAUAGUUUAUGUGCAUGAAGACAUGUCUAUGAAGGACAUGAUUAUCAAAGUCCUUGAUACCAUCAAACGACGCAACUUGCUUCAAACAUCUUGGCUCUAUGCUGGCUCCAGGCUUGAAGGAUCCGAUUCACUCACUUUCACAUACACUGUAUACCGUUCUCAAAACAAAGAUGUCUCUCUUGACAAUGAAGAUGAUUAUUUGGAGCUUUGUACUCAGGUUCAGAGUGCGAGAAAAGCUGAGGUUACACUCAAGCUAGCUGAACAGAAGGUUGUCACUGGCAACAAUCUGACUGAAGAUGAACAAGAUGAUGACGAAGAAAAUGAGAACCCCAGAAAGAAACGAAAACAGCAUGUGCCAUCGAUGGAGGAAAUAGCACAAGACCAGCAUAUAGUCAGCCUACAGAACAAAUAUCGUUGUGAAGACCGAAGUUGCCCAUACGACCUUUGUUAUCCCUCAGGUCCAACUGCAAAGCACGUCCAUCUCACCCACAAACACCUUCGAACUUGGGCAGCUGCAAUGGCACGAGGUCUGAAUGUAUUAUUCAGACAUAUUUACUGA